AUUCAUCAUCUAAUUGGACGCAGGUUUCUUAGCCUACGUGCAGACAGACAUGAGCAUUCCCUGGUAAAGAAGAGCAAGUUUCCAGACCCAUUCAAAACAAGAGCAGCGUCCUGCUGGUCCCGGUGGAGGUGAUGGUGCUUCUGAGAAGCCUCGUUCUGGUCUGUCUGGUCCCGGUGCUGGUGGAGGCUCAGUAUGAGAAGUACAGCCUCAAAAGUUUCCCUCAGAAGGAAAUCAUGCCUCUGGACUCUGCGUACGGAUACGCGCUGGAUCAGUACGAGGCGCAGAAUUGGGCAGAGAGCAUCAAGUAUUUGGAGCUGAGCCUGCGCCUCCACCGUCUGCUGCGGGACAGUGAGGCUUUCUGUAGCCGCAACUGCAGCUCCGUCAGCCGGGACGACGACAGUCUGUUCGCCGACAGCACCCUCCGAGUUAUGCGCCACAUCCUGCUGAGGGCUGCGUGCCUUAAAAAGUGCAAGACGGAUUUUCCAGUGUUCAAACUCGCAUAUCCACGUCGGGAUUUAUUGGAAAACUUUGAGAAAAGGACGCCGUAUCGGUACAUACAGUAUGCGUACUUUCAGGUGAGGAAAUCUCGAUGUGUUGAGUGUUGUACAACCAGAAUGAAACAGACUCUUAAUACAACAAAUACCCCAAAACUAUCCAACCCCACUCCCUUAAAGCAGGCUGUGUAUACAGUUUGAUAGGAACGUUUUUCUAGGACAUAUAAGAGUGGUUUGCCUGGUCGAAGAAUGAGUUAUAGCCUACAGAUGUUUCGGGACUCAUCCAGCAGAGAGGUAACCGAGGGUAAAGCGUGCAGUCACCCAACAAAGGUGUCUGCGGUCGGCUCCGGUUGGCAGAUCGACCCUGUUUGACUCACUGAGAGGAAAUUUGUAGGCACUGAAACGUGCUGUAUAACCUCCCCUCAGUCAGCUUUGUUGUUCCCUCCUGCCGACUGGGCUUGAGUUGAGCAUGUGCCACGUCUCUUCAGUGUUCCCCUGAAACAAUCCCCUUAUUCUUCUCUGAACCAAACCCGGUUUGCUCACUGAGCAGAUUUGGACUCAUAAAAUGUGUAAUGACCUGCAGGUAACCUCCACUCUGAAGACCUAGAAACACCUCCAGAGACUUCAUGUGUUAUUGGUUGUCACCACAUCACUAGAUUUAGACUGAAACAUUCAAACUGUAGUCUGUAGUUUAGUCUGCUCUUACAAGACUGAUAAAUUAAAGGUGCAGCUCCAUAUCCUGCCAUCAAACAGUACUCUGUAAAGUGUUCUUUAAACAAGCAGUUUGCCUUAUUUUUGUUAUUUUAUAGGCACAUAAAAGCUUGAUUCCCCCUGUUAUAAUGUCACUUCUUUUCCAGAUGAACAACGUGGAGAAGGCCGUGGCAGCAGCCCAUACCUUUCUAAAGAAGAACCCAUCUGAUCCCUACCUGAGCAAGAACAUGAACUACUACAAGUCUAUACUGGACGUGGAUGAAUAUCUGAUCGACCACGAGGAGCAGCCAUAUGAAGUUUGUACAUUAACACUGUUGUCCUGAUUCAAAUCAAACACAUGCCAAGCCGUUCAAACUUAAACAAAACAUCUUCCUGUCUUGCAGAGUGUUUUCCUGAAGAGUGUGACACUCUACAACAACGGGGACUUCAGCAGCAGCGCCCGAAACAUGGAGCAGGCCAUCAAGCAGUACUUUGAAAUCUACAAUCUGUGCUUGGCGGGCUGCGAGGGCUCAUAUGAGAUCUUAGAGUUUAAAGACUUUUACCCCACAUUGGCAGGUAAGAGGAGCACAAUCUGAGGAAACAAUCAUGGUGUAAAUUUUGAAAAUUAACCUGAUCUGCUGUUUCCUUAGAUCUCUACACUGAUGUGCUGAAAUGCAAAGUAAAAUGUGAAGAACAUCUGAAACCAAACGUCGGUGGCUUCUUUGUGGAGAAGUUUGUAGCCACCAUGUAUCACUACCUCCAGUUUUCCUAUUAUAAAUGUAAGAAAUAUGACAUAAACAGAUGCUGUAAAUCCAAACUUAUCUCUUGAGUCUGUGUAAUGCUGUGUAACAUUUAAUAUUUUCUGUCCUUCACAGUAAACGAUGUGAAGAACGCUGCUCCGUGUGCAGCCAGUUACAUGCUGUUUGACAGUAAAGACCAGGUGAUGCAGCAGAAUAUAGCGUACUAUCGCUUCUACAAGGAGCAGUGGGGACUCGAGGAAAACGACUUCCACCCUCGGCCUGUGAGUGAAACAAAGACUUGUUCAGAUGCAGCUGAGAGCGUCUGCAAAAUUCACACUGGCCAUAUCAAGCCAAGCAAGAAAACUGCAGCUGUAUGAAGCGGUUUUGGCGUGAACAUUAACACAAUCACAGACUGGUAAUUAGAAACCAAGAUACUCCCAUAAAGACAGAGCAACAGCUGCAGUGUGCCAGCUUUGUAUGGAGCGGCCCGUAAACAUCCUCGCCUUCUGAGGUGGUGAGGAAGUUUAUAAAUGAAUUUGGUGUAUUUUGUGGCCUCUAAACUAAGCGCCACAGAAGGAAGUAAACAAAAAAACAGGCUGGAUCCUGUGAAAUGGUCAGUCAGAUUGGUUUGUUUUCCCCUGGCUUCUCAAAUAAACACAACAGAUGAUGUAACUUUGUUUUCCAGGAGGCGCUGAGGUAUUUUAACGAGACGACCAAGCAGAAAGAGAUGCUGGAGUUUGCACUGAACUACCUACAAACAGAUGAUGAGGUAUGUCGCUACUGUGUCGCAAAGCAGAGGUUAUUAAGCUUUGGUUUGGGGCAACAAAUAAACAAAGUCCAGGUUAAAUAUCUUUUUAACUUAAUGUGAAAAAAGGAAGACAAUAAAUCACCACAAAUACUACACCUUUAUAUUUUUAUUUUUCUUUAAAGGUUAGAGUUGUGACAGAUGCUUUACAGAUUAAAGGACCAGUUCCCCCAAAUACAGACUGUUUUUUUUUUUUUUUUUUCUUCAAGUGGUGCCAUCUAGAUCUGCUGUUUUUAUAUGAUGAGGUUUUGAGAUAUAAGUAGCUCACAUUUUUUUAAGUGUUCAAGAAAAAAAAAGGUUCCACCAUCUGUUAUUAUGCCGGGGCGACGGCAGAGUUUUCAGAGACAAACAUCUCAAAAUCUCAGCAGAUAACACCCAAACCGCCGGCAUGACCAGACAACCCUGAGGAUAUGAGAGAAGAGAAAUAUAUCAGGUCUGAACUGUCACCCAACUGGCGGAAAAACAUCUGAACCACCUGAUCUAGACAGAGUUGGCGUCCUUGUCUUUUAAAUGCGUAUUUUAGUUUUAUUUCCUAAGAUUGUUCCUCAUUUAUGAAAACGAUUAUAAAAGGAGUAUAAGAAGAUGUAGUUCAAGCUGUUGUUAAGUUUAUGGAAAAGGGAUCAGAAGAAAAAAAGGAAUUGCAAGGAUGAAAGGGGGAGAAAAAGGGAGGGGGUGAAGGCUGCGGAAGAAGGAGCAGGAGGAAAGCUGUGUUUUCCUCCAGCAGCGUGUGGUAUGUGGCUGGGAGGUGUUGGCCACUGAGACUGUGCCACAUCCACUUAAGUCAGGUCAGCCCCUCCCACCUCCAAGCCUGGAUCUGAGCACAGGGGGGAGGACUGAGACUGUUUUGUCUGAAUUACAGGGAGCACAAGGGACAGAUUUAAUGACAAAAUGAGGUAAAGGAGGAUCUGUUUCCAAGAUAGAAGGGAUGUAUGAUAGUGAAAAGGUGAAGACUCACUGUUGACUGCUUUGUGUUCACUUUAGGACGUGGUGAGUCCAGAAGAAACGACCGCCUCUCACUCAGAGCAUCCUGACUCAGAGUUUGAGGGGAUGGGAGACUACGAGGAGUCCUUCCUGGCUGAGUGGUGGCAGGAACCCAAAACUAAGUGGGACACUGGAGAAGUGGCAGACUGACAUCUGUCCUUCACUCCUGUGCAGACAUACUCCCUCAACAGUAUUUAAGAGAAAGACAGCAGAGCCUGCACAUCCAUGGAGGUUUCUCAGGCUGGAAAAGGAAAGGACCAAAAAUCAUCCAUCAUGUUGAUCAGAUCAGAGAUUGACGUUUUCUGCCUUGGCUGUCAUCAGCCUUUAAAAACUCUUAUUUUUGUAGUAAGACAUUGGACAUUCUGACUAUACUUCCAACAGACUUUUCUACAGUUUUUAUUUAAUGAAAGCUGAAUGCCUCAGUGCGGUAAUGUGAGAAAGGUGACAUGUAGCUUUUCCUGCGCUGAGAAAUUUGUCAGCCACCUACUGGGUUAUUGUUGUUUUAAUUAAUUGCUUGUAAUUAAAGUAAUUUUUUAAGAUAGUUUUAAUCUUUGUUGUAUUUCUUCAAGAUGAUUUAAAAUGCAGAAGGAGCAGAAACUUCAGAGUAGUGUGAUUUGAACUGUGUUGACAUGAUUCAGAAAAAGAACUUUAUUGAUCCCCAAAGGGAAAUUCAAAUUCAUUCAUUAAUAUUUGAUGGAAAAGUUCCUGUGAGGUGUAAGUGCCACCUCUGGACAAACCGUUGUUCACAAUUGAGAACUUUUGCUGUGGAAGUCAACAAAGACUUAUACGUCAGCAUAUAGUGAAUUACUUCUGACGCCACUCUGCAGCAGCAGUUUGAGGCAUGGAAAACAGAAAAGAAAUAAUACAUCUCGAUGAUUGUGGUCUCAUUUACUUUUAUACCUCGUAAAGAGGUAGCAGUAUCCAACGUGAUUUUAGUUUGUUUCAAAACCUGCUAAAAUCUUAGAAUUUUCAUUCUUGAAUAUUUUUUUUUCUUAUUCAUCAAAGUUGCUUGUCUGCCAAACAAAAAAACAUAUUUCUACCAUAUUUCUAUAUGAUGGACUUGUUUGUUGAAAGUAGCCACUAGGGGUGAGAGAA